UUGUGGAUAUGCCUGAGUCUGGCAAGAGGCUGUGGAGUGUCAGGUUGGUUGUUCAUUCACCCCGUGUCUGCUGUGUGCCAGGCUGGUACUGGACGCUUGUCACGGAUCGCCUUGGGUAACCUCACAGCAGCCCUCUGAGACCCACUUCCAACGCUCCAGCCAUCCCAUGCCUCAGUGGAGUGCUGCUGCUUGAUGGCCAUCCCCAAGAGCCCUCUCAGCCCCGUGCCCUGGGAACAGGAUGGCUCCCUACACGUGAAGGUGGAGGAUGAGGAGGCCAGCUUCUUUGAGGUCCAGGAAUCUAGCCCUAGCCACACUGCCCACCCUGAAGCCGCACGUCUUCGCUUCCGGCACUUCUGCUUCGAGGAGGCAUCCAACCCAUAUGAGGCCCUGGCCCAGCUCCGUGAACUGUGCCACCAGUGGCUGCAGCCUGAAGCACAUUCCAAGGAGCAGAUUCUGGAGCUGCUGGUGCUGGAGCAGUUCCUGGAUGCAUUGCCCCCCAAGAUCCAGUCCUGGGUGGGUGCCCAGUUCCCCAAGAAUGGUGAGGAGGCUGCCAUGCUGGUAGAAGGUCUGAGUCGAUCACUGGACCAGAGAGGAGAGAAACCAGGAGCUGAGCUCUCAGAGGCAAGAUGCAAGCAGAGUGAUUUGGAAGAGUCCGAGCCACUAGAUGGGGCCACUGAAACCCUCGCAGGAGGUAGUUCGCUGGGACCUGCCUUUGGUGAUGCUUGUGAACCUGAGAGCUACUCAGAGAGGCAGGCAGGACUCUCAGGGGAAAUCUGGACAAAGUCUGUCCCUCAAGAGAUGGAUUUCAGGAAAACUUCAGAGCCUCACAAGGAUGUUCCCACAGACCAGACCAGCUGUGAAUCUGGUGCCUUGGGGAAUAGUCCCAACAUGUGGCCAAAUUUCAUCUCACAAGAGAUGACACCAGAAGAGAAAUUUGAUCCAUUGGAUGGUUUUGGGACAGAGCCUCCAUGCAUAUACUCAAGGAGGAAGUCUUCCAAGUGUGGUGAAUGUGGGAAAACAUUCCAGAGUCCCUCCACCCUCGAAGCACACCAGAAGAGCCAUUUUCGGAAGACACCCUACACCUGUAGUGAGUGUGGGAAAGCCUUCAGCCGGAGCACUCACUUGGCCCAGCAUCGAGUCAUCCAUACGGGGGCAAAGCCCCAUGAGUGUAAAGAGUGCGGGAAGGCCUUCAGCCGGGUCACCCACCUGACUCAGCACCAGAGGAUCCACACUGGAGAAAAACCCUACAAGUGCAGGGAAUGUGGCAAAACCUUCAGCCGCAGCACCCAUCUCACCCAGCACCAGCGGGUGCACACAGGGGAGCGGCCCUAUGAGUGUGACGAGUGUGGCAAGGCCUUCAGCCAGAGCACCCACCUGACUCAGCACCAGCGCAUCCACACUGGGGAGAAGCCCUACAAGUGUGACGCUUGUGGGAGAGCCUUCAGUGACUGCUCAGCUCUGAUCCGCCACCUGAGAAUCCACUCUGGAGAGAAGCCGUAUCAGUGUAAGGUUUGUCCAAAGGCCUUUGCACAGAGCUCGUCCCUCACUGAACACCAGAGGAUCCACACAGGAGAGAAGCCGUACAAGUGCAGGGACUGUGGGAAGGCCUUUAGCCGCAGCUCAGCCCUCAUGGUUCACCUCAGAAUCCACAUCACAGUACUGCAGUAACCCAGGAAAGCCCUUGGGACACAGGAUAGCCUCCCCUCAGAGUCUCAACAUCUAAGAGAAAUCCUGAGUUCCAAAAGAACAAAGAAUGGGGUGGGUGAUUGAUAGUACCCCAAAAUGAUAAGGUGCUAAAGGGCAGACUCUGGGGCUACCUGGGAACAACUCUGCAUUUGGAGACCCAGAUGGAGGCGCCUAAUGAACACAAAGUUACUCAAGCCAGCUGGAGAAGCUUCUAGGAGGAUCCUGUUGCCCUCCCGUACCCCACUCAGGCCCAUCUCAGGAAAAGGACAGCUGAGCUGAGGAUUUGGAUUUGUCUUCAGAGCCAGGGCAAGUGAAGUUUCUUUCGGGACUCUGUGGUCCCAAGAUGCUCUGGGCAGGAAGACUCCAGCUUCAUGUUCCCAUGUAGCUGCCUUUCUUGCCUUUUCCUCUCCUGCUUAGCCCAGGAGGGAUGCCGGCCCAUGCCUACCUCCGUGCCUUCACACCUAUUGUUUGACUCCACCUAUUCGUAUAUUACUCCAAGGCUGCCUCUUCUGUGAGGCCUUCUCUAGGCCCUCUGUCUCUUUCACAAUCUCCCUUAAUUAAGGGUACAGGCUGAUGUUUGCCCAGCAUCCAUUUCUCCCUGCCCUCUCCUUCCACAUCCCAUCAGUCAUCAGCCCUGUUGGUUUUACUGAAAACUCACCUCUAAUCAUCUUUUCCACCCUCGUCACCUCUCAUCUGGAUUCCAUGUGGGGUCUCUUGCCUUCAUUCUCUCCCCCCUCUCCCACUGUUUCAUUCUCCACACCAACCUCCAGGGAGCUCUUUCUACAACCCAAACCUGAUUGUAUCACUCCAUGGUGGAAAGCUCUCCAGUGCACCUUCUAUGGCAGACCUUCCUGAAUGGGUUACAAGUAUGCCAAGACAUGAGUCGCUUUGAGCCCCGAACAAGCUCUCUGGGUACCCUCA